GGGCUGAUUUGAUCUCCAAGAAUUUCUGGCUUUUCCCACGAAAAACGGAGAAAAGAACAAGCCAAAUGCGUUAGCGUGACGCUAAUCCCUUCGACAGCCGAUGUCUCCACCAGCUCUACUCCGUUUUUGGAUCGAAACGGAAACCUCACGAGAUGAUUGUUGAUUGAUACCUGGCAAGGAAAAGGAUUGGUUCUCUCUCUUCUCUUCCCUGUUUUCAAGGCCAACUGUCAGUGGCGGUGUCACGAUUUCCAUAUGUCAACUCCCUCGUUGCCAUGCAUGCUCACACCUGUGUAUACGUGUGUCGAUUCAUCCCAGCUUCCGGCCUUUCUAGAGCGGCAUGCCCGCUUUCUAUUCAGUCUCCGGCUCCUACAGCGGGUAUAAUUAACUGUAUAAGAAUCUGAUGUUCUGGUUCUAGAGCGAGUCCCAGAGCUGUUGUUUUCAUCCAAGUCUAGUGAGUCUAGUUCUAAAAAGAGUGAGAGAGAUGACGGAUUCAUCCAACGACGCUAUGGCUACGGUGGCUAAUCAGGCGCCUGUGACCUUGGAGCGACGGGUCCGAGAUGACCUGGAGACCAGUCUUCCUAAGCCUUAUAUGGCGAGAGCAUUGGCUGCUCCAGAUAAGGAGCAUCCCGAAGGAACCUUGGGGCACAAGCAUAACAGCAUGUCUGUUCUACAGCAGCACGCAGCAUUCUUUGACCAGGAUGGCGAUGGCAUCAUCUACCCAUGGGAAACCUAUGCUGGACUACGUGCUGUUGGUUUUAAUGCCAUUGCCUCUUUCAUCAUGGCCAUUGUCGUAAAUCUGUCCUUGAGUUACAAUACUCUGCCUGGUUGGAUGCCUUCUUUUCGUUUCCCUAUAUACAUACGCAACAUACACAAAUCCAAGCAUGGAAGUGAUUCUGGAGCCUACGACACUGAAGGAAGGUUUGUUCCUGCGAAUCUCGAGAACAUGUUCAGUAAGUACGCUAGGACACACCCAGAUAAGUUAACGCUGAGGGAGUUGUGGGACAUGACCGAAGCAAAUCGGAACGCAUUCGAUUUUUUUGGAUGGGUCGCAAGUAAGUUGGAGUGGGGAGUUUUAUACGUUCUUGCUAGAGAUGAUGACGGUUUCCUCACUAAAGAAGCUGCUAGGCGUUGUUUUGAUGGUAGUCUAUUUGAGUAUUGUGCUAAGAUACGUAAGGGUGCUGGGGGUAAGAUGGGCUAGCUAGCCUGAACUACUGCUUGCUUCGUAUUGCAUGAACGUAAAUAUUGUAUUUAUAUAAUUCACAAGUUGUCUUCAACUAUUGGCCUGUAUCCAAAAGUUUAUUACUAACUAGCUACCACUACAAGUGUUUUGUAUUUGGGUUUCAAAUUCAAUAUAUAUAUGGU